AUAUAUCUGAGUGUGACGUAGACGUAUGUGUCACCAUCAGCGCCGUUAGCGUAAUCACACUGUCAUUGAAGAAGAAUCAGAAAAAAAAGAUCACGGACGGUGUCGUUACGGUGCACGUUAAUGUCGUCAUGACAAUAAUCUUUAAAAUAUUACAAUGAAUGACUUUAAUAUAUUUAGAUAAUUAACGUGAGUUUAAAAGACUAUAACUGUCAUCCGUUGUUCGCUAUUUCGCUACAUAGCUUAGCUGGCUAAGUGUCGCGGCUAACAACGGAACGAAGACUAUCCUCAGCAACUGUUAAUAAUACCGCCGCCAUCAUGCCGUUCAUGGACCUGCAUAAACAUUUUGGCCUCGAGCUCGACCGUCCGCUGUCAAAUCAGAGCACGAAGCAGCCCUACAGCGUAGCCCCUCGCUGUUACGCCUUCGAAAAGGAGUGGAUAGAGUGUUCCCACGGCAUCGGCCGAACCCGCGCGAGGAUUGAGUAUGAAGACUUCAUGGAGUGUAUGCACCGCAGGAAGACGUUCACCCGGCUCAAAACAAUCUUGGCACAGAGAGAGAAGUUGAUUCAGGAGGGAAAGUACACGCCACCGACCUGUCACACGGGCGAAAAAGAUGUCAGGCCCUGAGGCUCUUCUGUUCACGUUAAUCACAAACCAGAUAUUAUUUCCUGUUCACUUGUACUUAUUCCCAAAAUAAAGUCUUUGACUCUGCA